AUGAUCACCAUUUCUUUAGCAUUCUUAACUUUAUUUGUAGGAGUUUUCAGUUACUAUCUCUGGACCUGGACCUAUUGGAAGCGUCGAGGAAUUCCCGGACCUAUGGGUUACCCCAUUUUCGGAUCAUCUUUGGAACUUUUCGACUCUGAAAAUCCACCACCCGCCCAACUGGAAAAAUGGACCAAAAAGUAUGGCAAAGUGUAUGGAAUGACUCAAGGACUAUCGAAAACUUUGGUGAUAUCGAAUGCAGAUUUAGUUCAAGAAGUGUUGGUCAACCAAUACGACAAUUUCUAUGGGAGGAACUUGAAUCCAAUUCAAGGGAACCCGAAUCAGGAGAAACGAGUUCAUCUUUUUGCGGCACAGGGUCAUCGGUGGAAGAGAUUGAGAACAAUUUCGAGCCCGACGUUUUCCAAUAAUAGUUUGAGAAAACUAAAAACGACAGUGGAAGAUAGUUGUGUGGAACUUUUAAGGCAUAUGGAAGAACAGACGGCUGGAGGAAAACCAAUUGAACUUUUGAAUUUCUACCAAGAAUUCACUCUCGACGUCAUCGGUCGUAUUGCCCUCGGACAGACUGACUCUCAAAUAUUCAAAAACCCCAUGCUCCCUUAUGUCCGAGCUGUGUUCGGGGAGCCCAGAAAGGCCCUAUUCAUGAGUGGAUUUUUGGUUCCAUGGAUCGCUCCGAUUCUUAGAAAAAUCAUGUUCUCGUUCCCAAGCAUUUUGAAAAAUCCAGCAGUUCACAUCAUCCGUCAAACCGCUGACGCUGUCGAAAAACGAAUCGCUCAACGAGUGGCCGAUGAGAGAGUGGGAAUCGAGCCAGGAGAACCGCAAGACUUCAUCGAUUUAUUCUUGGACGCCAAAUCUGAUGACGUUGAUAUUCAGAGAAACGAAGAGUUUUCAAAAACAGAGAAAGUGACGAAAAAAUUGACUACAGAUGAAGUUGUGGGACAGUGCUUUGUAUUCCUGGUCGGCGGAUUUGACACCACUGCAUUAUCCUUAUCUUUCUCGUCUUAUCUUCUAGCUACACAUCCGGAUGUUCAGAAAAAACUUCAGGAAGAAGUGGAUAGAGAGUGCAAAGAUCCAGAGAUCACUUUUGAUAAGCUGUCAAAACUGAAAUAUAUGGAAUGUGUGAUUAAAGAGACCCUGAGGCUGUACCCACUGGCUGCACUAGCCAACGCUCGUCGCUGUAUGCGGCCCACCACAAUUGGAGGUGUUGAGAUUGAGAAGGGUGUAGAUAUUCUCUGUGACACGUGGACCAUCCACAAAGAUCCAAAAAUCUGGGGAGUAGAUGCAGAAGAAUUCAAGCCUGAAAGGUGGGAAUCUGGAGACGACCAUAUUCUCUCAAAAGGAUCAUUCAUCUCGUUUGGCCUUGGACCCCGUCAGUGUAUUGGAAUGCGGUUGGCUUAUAUGGAAGAGAAACUUUUACUGUGCCACAUUUUGAGAAAAUACACAUUGAAAACUUGCAAGAAAACUCAGAUUCCUAUGAAACUGGUUGGUGUGAGAACUACUCAACCGGAGAGUGUGUGGAUGAAUUUGGAACCCAGGGAGGAUAAUUAA